CGCUGGCCCGGUUCGUCGGGAGCGGGCCGCUCUGGGGCGGGAUGGAGUCCACGGCCGAGAUAUGCCGGAAGAGCUGGUGGAGGACCGUCUUCUAUCUCUUCAACAUCGAGAUCGAUGGGGAGUAUGGCUCCUGCGUGGGACAGACGUGGUACUUGGCGUGCGAUAUGCAUAUGUAUUGGGCCAGUCCUUUUCUGGUGGUACCCCUUUUCUAUAUGCCCAUGUAUGUCGCCCUGGGUUACCUGAGCAUGGUCCUCUUGGGCAUGGGCUUCGUCUGGCCCAGCAUCCUCUACAGGAACAACGACUUCCCUGCCACCAUCAUUCCGAACCAGCUCAUAGACUCUCCAGACUUCUCGACCAAGGCGUACUUCGCCACUCAUGUGAGGUCGGGGCCCUAUAUCGUGGGUAUCAUACUCGGUUACAUUCUCUUCAAGUUCAAGGACAGGAAGAUCCAACUUCGCAAGGAGGUGGUAUGGCUCGGAUGGGCUCUGUCUACUGGGGUGGCGCUGGCCAUUCUGUACGGCCUGAAAGAACCGUUCAGGUUUGGUGGUAAAAAGCUGACGCCUGAGAUGGCUGCUUUCUAUGGAGGCGUUCAUCGGACGGUCUGGGCCAUGUGCAUCGCCUGGGUCGUCUUCGCCUGCGUUCACGGCUACGGAGGGUUCGUGAAUACGCUGCUGUCGUGGAAGGCCCUGAUGCCUUUCAGUCGCCUCACAUACUGCAGCUACCUCCUAUCUUUGAACAUACAGCUCAUCUAUCAAGGAAGCAGGAAGGCCGUCAUGUACAUGGACCACCCGCAAAUGGUGUACUGGUUCCUGGGGAUCCUGACCAUCACGGAAAUGGGUGCAUUCGUAUUCUCCCUCAUGUUCGAGUCCCCGUUCCUGGGACUGGAGAAGGUCAUCUUCCCCCUCUUGGACGAAUGGGUUCUCGCUCCGAUUAUCUCCUUUGCUGGCUUUUUUGUCAAAGCAAUAAAGUCCAGACGUUCCAGACUUGCCGCCGCAGGGGUCCAGGCCAAGCUUCAUCAUCCAGAACUCCUGCCCAUUGCCCUGGGGGGUCACAACUCGGGCUCCGGUCUGAGUCCUUCGUCUCGCAUUGCCAGGGAUUCUUUAAUCAGGAGUCGGGUUCUUCGGGGAUGGGAGGGAAUCCUUCGUCGGCUGCCGGAUCUAAAACAG